ACAGUUUUUUUUUUUUUUUUUUGUGUGUAGUACGUAGUGAAGCUGUUGUCAGUGCAGUGUUUCAGUCUUGAUUUCCUGUCAUUCGAAGUCGGUUCGUUUUUGCGGCGGUUUGCUUCCGGAGAGGUCAAUAGUUGAACUUUCCAGAUCUGCUCCAAGGCGGUGUCCGACGCUCCAAUUUUUAGGCGUCUUCUCCUGAAGCCGAUCAGUAGUCGAGAUCUCAUCGGCGUUUUCUUAUCUUCUAUCUACUUCCUGAUUGCCUGCCGUUGGCUAUAUUGGUAAAGGCAUGAUUUAUUGUACAGAUCGAGGCCAUUUUCUUCAUUGAAUGCUCUUUGCUACCGCCUGCGCUCUCCUUUUCGAUUCUGCCCUUGGAACCAGAGCUUUGCACUUGCCGUCUUAUUCCACCAGGACGCAGCAAAUUGUUGGUUUCUUCAUGUGCGUGAAGUGAUAACAUCACUGCCCAGGGUGGACGACGGCACUCGGCGGUUUUGACUUUCUCAAAACUUGUGUGCAUUGAGAGAAGCUUGUGAUCUUGGAUGCGAGCCAGAAGUUUAGAGGAAACUACUUAAAGGUGUCUAGCUGAAGAACAUAUAAUAUUGCGGAUUAAAGUCUGCAAGAAAGGAAGAGACAACACAUUUAUUUGGUGUGGUAAGCCUCACCUUUCAAACCCUUCGUCCACACUAAGGCACUUAAAAGGUAAUCUGUUCUAUCGACUACAUUGCAAAGACUUGAAGAUCUCUUAUCUCUAACCGAGGUUAAGAAGGAAUAUAUUGCCUUUCGGCAUGAAUAGCCCUCAAAGACCCCUCACUUUGGAGACUUCCUGGGAGUCACUCAGGAGAACCAUUGACUCCAACCCUGUUGACAACGGCAGCAUUGAUUUUGAGAGACCAAUGGAAGUCAGACCGCGCCAAAUUGAGAACCAUCAUUCUCUUGAUGAGAGAUCUCUCAACGACAUCAUUUCGUCGGGGCUAUCUUCGCCACGCCCCCCUCGGCAGCUGGAGACGGUUAAAAGCUCCGAGUGCUUGGAAGCGCUGCUUUCUCCCAGCAUUCGAUCGUCAGCUGGUACUCCUCGGGAGUAUCAUGCCUUCGAACCUCAUCCAAUGAUUGCGGACGCAUGGGAAACACUGAGGAAAUCAAUGGUAUUCUUCCGGUCCAAGCCAGUGGGGACUAUUGCGGCUUUAGAUCCGACGGAAGAUUCUUUGAAUUAUAAUCAGGUUUUCGUGAGGGAUUUUGUUCCCAGUGCUUUGGCAUUCUUGAUGAACGGCGAGCCGGAGAUAGUAAAGAACUUUUUAUUGAAGACUCUGCGCCUUCAAUCGAUCGAGAAGCGAAUCGAUUGUUUCACGUUGGGUGAGGGGGUAAUGCCCGCAAGUUUCAAGGUCCUCCACGAUCCUGCUCGCAAAACAGAUACGAUGAUCGCUGAUUUUGGCGAGAGUGCAAUUGGGAGGGUUGCUCCAGUCGAUUCAGGAUUCUGGUGGAUCAUAUUGCUUCGUGCUUAUACCAAGUCAACUGGAGAUCAUUCUUUAGCAGACAUGCCCGACUGUCAAAGAGGAAUGAGACUAAUUUUGACCUUGUGUCUCGCGGAUGGAUUCGAUACUUUCCCAACUCUUCUAUGCGCAGACGGCUGCUGCAUGGUGGAUCGUCGGAUGGGCAUUUAUGGUUAUCCAAUAGAAAUUCAGAGCUUGUUUUUAAUGGCUCUGCGCUCUGCAAAGAGUCUUAUUAAGGCUGAAGGCGAAGGGAAGGAAUUUCUAGAGAGAAUUGACAAGCGACUUCACGCCCUCAGCUUUCAUAUGAGGGAGUAUUUUUGGCUGGACCACCAACAGCUUAAUAAUAUCUACCGGUUUAAGACAGAAGAGUACUCUCACACAGCGGUUAACAAGUUCAACGUUAUUCCAGAUUCUAUUCCAGACUGGAUUUUUGAUUUUCUGCCUUUGAAGGGUGGUUUCUUCAUUGGCAAUGUUAGUCCUGCUCGCAUGGACUUUCGUUGGUUUGCUAUCGGUAACUUUAUGGCUAUUCUGGCAUCUCUUGCAACUUCUGAACAGGCAGCUGCCAUUAUGGAUUUACUCGAAGCUCGCUGGCCUGAGCUUGUGGGUGACAUGCCACUUAAGGUUUCGUACCCUGCAAUGGAGGGACAUGAAUGGCGCGUUGUUACCGGGUGUGACCCAAAGAAUACUAGAUGGAGCUAUCAUAAUGCCGGAUCUUGGCCAGUUAUUCUUUGGAUGUUGACUGCCGCAUGUAUCAAGACGGGUAGGCCGCAAAUUGCGAGACGGGCUAUUGAGCAGGUGGAGACUAGGUUAGCUAAGGAUGGGUGGCCAGAAUAUUAUGAUGGAAAGCUGGGUCGGUAUGUUGGAAAACAGGCACGUAAAUUUCAAACCUGGUCCAUUGCUGGUUAUCUUGUUGCGAAAAUGAUGCUGGAGGAUCCUUCUCAUUUAGGAAUGAUAGGACUCGAAGAAGAUAAGAAGAUGAAGCCGUCACUCACUAGAUCUGCAUCAUGGACAGCUUAAAGAUGUGAAGCUAUGCAGCUUGUCUACCUGUGGGAAGAGAAUGGAAAUAAUUGUACUAUAGUUCAUUCAUGGACCUAGUCAUCUUGGAAGAAGUUGAGAAGGAUACAGGGGAACAGGAAGAUAUAUUCGAUCUUUAUAAUGGGGUGACAAAAGGGGCGGAAGAACGUAGGAAUGCGUUCGGUUAUCCUGACUAGCAUGGGAGUGUGCAGCUGUUUCGUGUGAUACCCCUUAUAGUCAUGGUAAUUGAGCUUUCGUGACGUCGCAGAAUGCUGGCUCAACACUGUCUCAAUCCUGCGAAAAGAUGACUAGAAGGUGGAAGAGGUGUGUACAAUGUUUACGGACUGUUUAUCGGAUGGCUAAAGCCAACUUAGGAUACAGGAGUAGAGUCAUGAUACAUGGAGCUGUAAUAGGGCUCUUAUUGUCUCUAGUUACAAGCUUGCCCUCCUAGGGCUCAUUCAAAAUUUUCCUCUCAUCGGGCAUUUUCGUUUUUGUUAGUGUUGGUGCAUCUAUUUAAUGCUGGCAUUGCAUCUAAUCGAGUUUACCACGUUCUCUCUUUUAAUACCAACGUUUGUUCGUCA